CACCUCACCUGUUUUCCGGAUGAUUAAUUAAACUCGUUAAAGACUCUCCGAGAAGCUCGAGAUGCUCUGAUGAUCAGAUCCACAGCAGCGAUGGAGACACACGGGCCCGGCUUCUUCCAGACUCUCCUGUGUGUGGUGUGUGUGUGCGUGUGUGUUCGCUGCGGCGGGGUCCUGGUGUGUCAUUACUGCCCCCUACAGGCCAGAGGCCGCUGCAGGAACAUCACCACCGAGUGCGCGCCGAGCGAGCGCUGCUUCACCGGCUGGCGUCACUACGGUCCGGUGCUCGUGCUCGCCGGCCAGGGCUGCGCGUCCCCGGAGCUGUGCGGGUCCAACCACACACACACACUCAUGGGCGUCGAGUAUCAGAUCAGCUACACGUGCUGCGCUCGCGACCUGUGCAAUGAAGCUCAUGCACAGGGGAACCGUCUCCAGGAGCGGGUCGCGGUUACCGGAAGUUGCCGUCAUACCGUAUUGAGCGGGUGAC